UAAAUUUUGAAAGCCUAUUUAAAUACAAAUUUAUUAAAUUAUGAAUUAUUUGAAAUCGUUUUUUUUUAGUAAAAAUUUAAUUUGAUCAUUUCACAAUGAAAUCAAUUCAGCUCGUAUUAAUUAUGAUUAGUUUCAUAAAACCAAGUAUAUUGAUCGACAAUGAUGUAAUUUUGUCCAUAGAGGAACUGUAUAAUUGUUUAAAGGAUGCAAAUAUAAACCAUUUCAUUAUAAAUAAAAAUGAAAAUAGAAGUUUUACAUUAGCUUUCGUAGAUGAAUUAAAUAAAUGGACAAAUUCUAUAGCAAACGAUAAAAUACAAAAUGAAGAAUUAAAUUCUAGUAGUCCUUUAGGACUAUUAGAUACUAGACUUAUAUUAAUUAAUCAAAUAAAAGAAAAUAUGAGCACUUAUAUUUGUAAUAAAUUCGAAAAACAUUCAGAUAAAUACUACAAAGAUAUAUAUACAAAUUGUGCAGAAAAAGUAUAUGUAUGUGCUAUGAGUUAUAUUAAUAGUAUAAAAAGGUAUACAGAAUCGUGUAGAAAAAAAGAUGAGUCGAAUGUGUUAACCAAGACUAUUAACACGAUAAACUAUAAUACAAUUAAUAGUCAGGCUGGUCAAAUUAUUAACAACACGGCUGUUAACACACUCAAAAACAUAGGAAAUAUUUCUAAAAGAUUUUGGAUGUAGAUUAAUUUAUUAAAAUAAUUAUUUUACAGGCUUUAACUCAUAAAAUUAUUAAUGAUUUCAUAAUUUUUAUUACUAAUAAUUAUUUGUCCAAAUUACUAGAUGAAUCAAUAUUUGUUGAUAUAAACCGUUAAAUAUUGAAAUAUUGUAUUUAAAAAAAAAAAAAUGAAUUUUAUUCAAGAAUGAAAAUUGUACGCCGUGUUAUAAUAAUAAAACUAAUAGAAUAUAGAUAUUUUUAUAUACUCAGUUGGCUAAAAUAACGUCAAAUUAAAGUAUGUAAACCUAAAAAAAUAAUGGAAUUCGCGAUAUAGAGAUAGAAUUUCGUAUUUAAUUAAAAAAAGAAAUCAAACAA